GCUCCACAAACCAGGAACCAGAGCCAGCUGCAGCCUCCUGUGCGUGAGAAAAACACGGGGAAGCCAAACGGGGAGUGCGGAACAGCGCCAGGAGAAGGAAGGUGAAGGAGGACGGACGCAGGAGGGGAAGCACAGAGGGAUUGUCAACAUAAAAGGGAGGAAAAAGUUUACCCCCGUGUUACUCUCGCCUCCCUCUUCCUGGGUGGCGUCGCUGGGAGUUUUACCUGGAAUGACAAGUUUUUUCAGGGUGGCUCUUUCUCUGACUCCCCCCUCCAGCAGCGGAUGAGGGUGUGACACAAGGGGGGAACCCGCCCCGCCGCCUAACCCUCUAUGGUGGGAGCUGUCACCAAGAGCAGAGAGGAGCUAAUUCGGGUGGACUUCACUGUUUCCAGCUCCACUGUUACAGUGCUGCAGCCCCCCGUGGGGCUGGAGUCAGAGAGGAACUGCUGCCGCUGGGGUUUGUGUGCGAGAGUGUUACAGCCCUCUUCUUCCAGGAUAUAACUAAAACCACCUCGAGCAUUUUCAGUCGCAUCUUCAUCAUUCGUUUCCUCCUAAUUCUUGCUAUUGCUGCUUGUUGGAUGGCUUGUUGGCAGUAGCUGGGGGUCUUGCCUCCUCCAGCCGCCCCACCAUGUCCUAGAAAAGUUAUGGAGACAAAAGGAUACUACAGUUACCCAGAAGGCUUAAACAUGGAGAAACGGUGGGCUCAAGUUUCUCAGUCUGUGGAGUAUUCUUCUUCAGGUGCUGGAGAGCGGACUGAUGAGAGUAAUUAUAUGGAGAUUGUAAACGUAAGCUGUAUAUCUGGUGCUUUUCCAAACAGCAGUGCUCAAGGAAACAGCAAAGAAAAACCUGAACUACUCCCUAGCCUGCAGCAAGAUAAUAAUCAGCCUGGUAUUUUAAACUCUGACAUAAAGAGUGAGUCAGACUCAAAGGAACUUUCAGCAACUGUUGCUGAAUCUAUGGGUUUAUACAUGGAUUCCAUACGAGAUGCUGAUUAUACCUACGAUCAGCAAAAUCAACAAGGGAGCAUAAGUCCUGGGAAGACUUAUCAAAAUGUUGAGCAGCUGGUAAAGUUUUAUAAGGAAAAUGGCCAUUGUGCCUCUCCCUUAAACAGUGCAAAUAGGCCCUUGAGAUCUUUGAUAUCAGACUCUGGAAGUUCUAUGAAUGGUGGUCUCAUGCGCACUAUUGUCAAAAGCCCUAUAAUGUGUCCUGAGAAAACUCCUUCGGGCAGUAGUCCUCAGAACAUGACUCCUUCAGUUUGUAGCCCAGCUGGCAUUAACUGUGUAUCCUCAACUACUUCUACUAAUUUUGUAAAUUUUCCAGUGCACAGCCCAGUCAGCCAGGGAACUCCUUUGUCAUGCUCACCUAACAUUGAAAACCGGAGCUCUAGAUUGCACAGUCCUGCACACGUUAGUAAUGUGGGAUCUCCUCUUUCUAGUCCUAUAAGUAGCAUGAAAUCACCAAUAUCAAGCCCUCCUAGUCACUGCAGUGUGAAAUCUCCAGUCUCAAGUCCUAAUAAUAUCACUGUGAGAUCCUCUGUGUCCAGUCCUGCAAAUAUGAACUCAAGGUGCUCUAUUGCCAGCCCUUCCAAUACAAAUAAUAGGUCCAGUCUUUCUAGUCCAGCUGUUAGCACUGUGGGAUCUUCUAUCUGUAGCCCAGUAAACAAUGCCCUAGGCUUCCCUGCUUCUGGAGCACCAGCUGGACCUAGCACAGGCCAAGAUACUAUUCCUAGUCCAGAAACAAAAGACAAAGGUGCUCAAGAAAUCACAUUUCCUAAAAUGGAGGAAAUGGAGAAUGCCAUCUCAAACAAUUGUGUAGCUGGUCAGAUGAAUCUUGUUCAGUUUAUAAAGCCUGACCCAGAUGGAGCAUUUGGUAGCUCAUGUAUUGGAGAAAACAGUAAAAUCAACUCUGAUUCCCCAUUUUCAGUACCAGUAAAACAGGAAUCAGCUAAACAUUCUUGUUCUGGUGCCUCUUUUAAAGGGAAUCAAGCAGUAAAUCCAUUUCCAUUUAUGGAUGGUUCAUAUUUUUCUUUUAUGGACGACAAAGACUAUUAUUCUCUUUCUGGGAUUUUAGGACCACCUGUUUCAUCAUUUGAUGGCAAUUGUGAAGGUAGUGGGUUUCCAAAUCCAGGCCUACCUGUGGGUAUUAAACAGGAGCCUGAUGAUCGCAGCUAUUAUCAAGAGAACAGUAUGCCAUCGUCUGCCAUUGUUGGUGUGAAUUCAGGUGGACAAUCAUUUCACUACAGGAUUGGAGCUCAAGGCACAAUAUCUUUAUCACGACCUGUUGCUAGAGAGCAGACUUUUCAGCAUGUGAGCUCAUUUCCUCCAGUCAGUACACUAGUUGAGACAUGGAAAUCACAUACUGACUUAGCGUCCAGAAGACAUGAUGGGUAUCCAGUUUUAGAAUACAUUCCAGAAAAUGUGUCAAGCUCCUCACUUAGAAGUGUAUCAACUGGAUCCUCAAGACCUUCCAAAGUAUGUCUCGUGUGUGGGGAUGAGGCAUCUGGAUGUCAUUAUGGGGUGGUUACCUGUGGCAGUUGCAAAGUUUUCUUCAAAAGAGCAGUGGAAGGGCAGCACAAUUACCUAUGUGCAGGAAGAAAUGACUGUAUUAUUGAUAAGAUUCGAAGGAAGAACUGCCCGGCUUGCCGAUUACAGAAGUGUCUACAAGCUGGAAUGAAUUUAGGAGCCCGAAAGUCCAAAAAGUUGGGAAAAUUGAAAGGGAUGCAUGAAGAACAGCAACAACAACAGCAGCAGCAACAGCCACCACCCCAAAGCCCAGAGGAAGGGACUACAUAUAUUGCUCCAGUAAAAGAGCCAUCUGUAAACACAGCACUUGUUCCUCACCUGUCUGCUAUUUCACCAGCACUUGCUCCUUCACCCUCUAUGGUCCUUGAAAGCAUUGAGCCUGAAAUAGUGUAUGCAGGAUAUGAUAAUUCAAAACCAGAUACAGCGGAGCACCUGCUUUCCACUUUAAACCGCCUUGCUGGCAAGCAGAUGGUUCAGGUGGUAAAGUGGGCAAAGAUACUUCCAGGAUUUAGAAACUUGCCUCUCGAGGACCAAAUUACUCUAAUCCAGUACUCAUGGAUGUGUCUAUCAUCAUUUGCCUUGAGCUGGAGAUCAUACAAACAUACAAACAGCCAAUUCCUCUAUUUUGCUCCAGACCUGGUCUUCAAUGAGGAGAGGAUGCGCCAGUCUGCAAUGUUUGAACUGUGCCAGGGGAUGCACCAGAUCAGCCUGCAGUUUGUUCGCUUGCAGAUUAGCUUUGAAGAAUAUACCAUAAUGAAAGUUUUGCUGCUGUUAAGCACAGUUCCCAAGGAUGGCCUCAAAAGCCAAGCUGCAUUUGAAGAAAUGAGGGCAAAUUACAUCAAAGAACUAAGGAAGAUGGUAACUAAAUGUCCAAGUAACUCUGGACAAAGCUGGCAACGAUUCUACCAAUUGACUAAGCUUCUGGACUCCAUGCACGAUCUUGUUAGUGACUUGUUAGAAUUCUGUUUCUACACCUUCCGAGAGUCUCAGGCACUGAAAGUGGAGUUUCCAGCCAUGCUGGUGGAAAUCAUCAGUGACCAGUUACCAAAGGUGGAGUCUGGAAAUGCCAAGCCCCUGUACUUUCACAGGAAGUGAUG